UAGUUUGUAGCAGUGGAGAUUUUUUUGAAGUACCACUUUUGUAUUUAUAUUUUAAUAUGCCGAAAAUAGAGUUUUGUUAAUUUUGCUUUGAAGAAGAUUUAGAACUUAUAAAUUUUCAUUUAAUUUUCAUUCACGAUUCCGUUCGAAUGGAAAGUUCAAUGAUUUUUUGUGUAUUCUGGAUAUUUUGUUGGUUUUUCUCCCGGUGAUCAUUCUUGGAUACAUCGAUUGGAUUGCGUCAUGAUAGGUCUGCAUUUAUCGAAGGCAGCGUGAUGCCUCGGGAGCCCAAUCGGGGAUAUCUGUUGGCCGUGCUGCUACUAUUGGUCGGUCUCCGCAAGGCUGGCUGUUCAACAUCCGUUCCUCGAUAUCCGGUCUGCAAACCAGGUUUCGAAUUUUGGUCGGUCGAGCAUGCCACCUGUUUGCCUUGCACCAGAUGCGCUCCUGAUUUUACUUUGAGCCCCUGCGCGAUUUACAAGGAUGCCAUUUGUGGUCCACUCUCUGCUCUUGAACUCGAUUGGUCUUUUCUUUCGACAAGAAAAAGGCCGGAAAUCGGUCAAAGAAGCCUCGAAGCGGUUACUUCGAAGAUGUUAUGGAGGUUCCCAGAUUUGGAUCAGCAACAGAUUAGACAAGAAUCAAAGGAUUUUAUUGACAGUUCGGAGCAAGAUAUUCAAUGGGAAACAAAGAAUGAGGCAUUGAACGAGCCUCAUCCAAGAAGCACAACUAUUUCGAAAGAGAGAAUCUUGUGGGACUGGCAAACGGUCGCGUUGAUCCUUGCCGUGUGUGCCUGUAUUCUCUUUUUUCUGGUCGCAGGAUGCUCGGCUUUAGUCUAUGCGAGACAGUGGCGUCGGAUGAAAAAGAACUUCGAACCCGUGGGUCUAGAAGAGAUCUCAGCUCGAUUAAAUUUAAUGGUUAAGGCGGAACUAGCUGAACUGGUUUCCGGCGCACCCAUGAAUCCUGGUGAUCCCGAAACAAGGUGCCAAUAUCUCGAGAAACUUCUAGAUCGAAGAAGACAGACUCCUGUGAUGGUCGAUUGGCCGGAAGUCAGCGGAAAUGUUUAUAUAGAAGAUGGACAGCCUUCGAAAAGCAAGAAACUGCAAAUCGCUAGGAUUCAUCGAAAUAUCGAAACGAUUUUAAAUCAGAAAAAAAAUUUCAGCGAUUCAUAGCAACAUAAGUGAAAAGAGUGUGAAAAAAAGAAAUUCUUUUUUUACAGAAUGAAAAUUUAAAUCGACAAUCAUUUAUUUAUAUAUUUAUAUUUUGCGAUUCGUUAUUAAAACGGUACGAUGGUUGGAAGAUAAAAACGCCGAAAGGUACAAAAAUCAUAUUCGAUGAUUGUAAACAAAUAAUUUGUAUUAUUUUUUAAUAAUUUAAUAAUUAUAUUAUAUCUUUUAUAUAAUAUUUUUUCUUCGUUAUUUAAGUAGAUUUACGAUUAAAAAAGGAGAAAGAAAUCCUUGCUCGAAGUCUCGAAGCUCGAACGUGAUCGAGCUACGAUCGACUUGGCUCAUUCGAUUAUUUAUUUCUUCUUAUAAGCUUUAAAAACUGCCAUCUUUGUAAUAUAAUUGCGAUGUAUGUAUCGAAAGACGAAAUAAAAUGGCAUGAACAGUG